GUGACCGAAAUGGCGCGAUACGGCGAGAUGACGACGCUGCACCUGGGCACCAAGACAUGGAUCCUCCUCAACAGCAAGCGCGUCGUGGCGGAAAUCAUCGCCAAGCGCGGCUCGCUGACCAACGGCCGGUCUCCGAUGCCCAUCUCCAGCGGCAUCGUGAGUCGACACGGACGAUCCUUGCUGCUGUCACCGGAGGAGGGCUGGACGGAAAAGCGCCGGGUGAUGCACGCGCUGCUGAGUGGUUCGGCGCUGAAGCAGUACGGCGGCUGGCAGGAGCUCGAGAGCACGCAGAUGAUGGCCGAGUACCUCUACCAGCCGCAGCGCUGGUUCGCGCACCAUUACCGCUACGCUAACUCGGUUGUCCACCGGAUCGCGCUCGGUGAGCGGCUACACAAAUCCAGCCAGGAGCUGGCUGACCUGCAGGAUGUGGUGACCCGGUUCGUCGGCAGCAUCGGCACCAGCUGGAUUGACUGGUUCCCGGAACUGGAUUGCUGGACCCCCAAGUGGGUGUUGCAGCCCUGGCGCCGCUCCUGGGAGAAGCUGGGCCAGUGGAACUACGAGGUCUACCGCUCUUGGUGGGUGCCUAUCCGCCGCCAGGUUGACGCAGGUACCGCCCCGCCCUCAUUCGUGCGCGAUGUGCUCCUGCAUGAAGAUACCAAAUUCACCGGCGACGACCAGGAGGCCAUGUAUGUGGCGAUGCAGCUGAUCGAGGCUGGUAGCGACACCACCCGCGAGGUGCUGAAUACCUUCGCCAUGGCGGCGCUCUGCUACCCGGAUAAGUUCCAGAAGGCGCGCGAGGAGGUGGACCGGAUUUGUGUCAACAGCGAAGAUGGGACACUCCGUCUGCCCUGCCUGGCAGACAUGGAAAACAUGCCGUACAUCUGUGGGGUGAUCAAGGAAUUGCUGCGGUGGCGGCCGAUCUUCGUCUUCACUCCGGAUCACUGUCUGACAGCCGACUUAGAGUUUGAGGGUUACUCAUUCCCGGCCGGGGUGGGGUUUGUAAUCAACGAGGUGCCUGUGGGUAAUGAGUGCGAGGAUCCCGAAGAGUUCAAGCCGGAACGUUGGCUGGAUGGCCAUGAAGCGGAUGUGGCUCAUGGCCUGUGGCAGUUUGGCGGAGGGAGGCGCAUUUGUGUUGGAUAUCGAUUGGCCCAACGCGGGCUUUUCAUCAAUAUUGCUAGGCUGGCAAUGUGCUUUGACUAUGCUGCUGCCGGACCAAUUAAUUCCAGAAAGCUCAAUCAUCACCUGACGACAGAGCCAUUUCCCGUCAAAAUAACAGUACGCAGUAGUCGGCAUGUACAGUUGAUCGAAGAGGAGGCGGCGCGG